CCACAACGGCUAUAAAUUUCUCUCUUCGUACAGCUCCUACUUUUUCUGGGUAUUUAUAUAUUUAUUUCUUCCUUCAACUUUUUCUCUCUCAUACUUUACUCACCCCUCCCAAGAAACGAAGCAAAGUCGAGGAUCUCGCAAAAGAGAAGGCCCACCCACAAUACCACUGAUGUAAUGUAAUGCUGUCUCUGUUCUUUCCUUUUAUCCUCCCAAAAACUGAAACGAAUAUAAUAAAGUGAAAUUCCUCCUUAGAUUUCCCUCUAAUCUUCACAUUCUUAUUACUGGUUCACUUCACUUCACUUCACUUCAACUCCCUCCUUAUCUUAAUCCUUUCAACUCAUAUUAUAAUUAUACGUGACCUCCACUCAACUCUCUCCCUUCUUCAUUUGCUGCUCUGCCUAGUACCUUUUUUUCUUGUUUAGCCGGAUUCUCCAAGCUACUACAGAGCAGAAGCAGAGGAACAAGGAGGAUGGAUGUUGUUCCUCUAUUCAUACUCUUUCUCUUUAUUUCUCUUUCAACUGCAGAGAUCUCAAGCAAAGUGGGCGUUAACUAUGGUGAGCUAGGAAAUAACCUGCCGUCUCCUGCACAGUCGGUGGAGCUAAUCAAAUCGCUGAAAGCUUCAAGAGUCAAAAUCUAUGGUGCCAACCCGGACAUCCUCAAUGCUCUCAAGAACACCGAGAUGCAGGUUUCUAUUAUGGUACCUAAUGAAAUCAUCGUCAACGUCUCUAAAAGCCAAGCUUUCUCCGAUAACUGGGUCCAAAACAAUGUUGUCCCUCACUACCCGAGGACCAAAAUCCGGUAUCUCCUCGUCGGCAACGAAAUCCUCACCGACGGCGCGCCGGAAACGAGAUCCAACCUCGUACCAGCCAUGCGCAGAAUCAAGAAUUCCCUGAAAACCCAUGGAAUCCGUAAGGUGAAAGUAGGUACCAGCUUGGCAAUGGAUGUCCUUGAAUCGUCAUUCCCGCCGUCAAACGGGACAUUUCGGUCUGAUAUUGCUCUUCCGAUAAUGAAGCCGAUGUUGCAGUUCUUGAACCGAACCAAAUCGUUUCUUUUCGUCGAUGUCUACCCGUAUUUCGCUUGGGCAACGCAACCUCAAAACAUCGAUCUGAACUAUGCUCUGCUCGAGUCAACCAACAUUACCAUCACUGACCCGGUUUCAAAUCUGACCUACCACAAUCUGUUUGACCAAAUGAUAGACGCUCUAAUUUUCGCCAUGAAGCGAUUAGGAUACCCGAACAUCCGAGUUUUCCUCGCCGAAACUGGUUGGCCCAAUGGCGGGGACUUCGACCAGAUUGGAGCCAAUAUUUACAACGCCGCCACCUACAACCGAAACGUAAUCAACAAACUGACGGCGAGACCGCCCGUGGGAACCCCAGCACGACCCGGUUCGGUCCUCCCCGCAUUCAUCUUCGCCCUUUACAACGAGAACCAGAAACCGGGUCCGGGCACGGAGCGACAUUUCGGUUUGUUGUACCCGAGCGGAUCCUACAUUUACGAAAUUGAUCUGUCAGGACAGACGGCGAAGUCGGAGUACAAAAGGCCACUGCCGUCGCCGGACAACAACGAACCGUACAAGGGGAAGAUAUGGUGCGUGGCGGCAAAAGGGGCAAACACGAGUGAGUUAGCGUCGGCUCUGACUUACGCGUGCUCUCAGGGGAAUAAAACUUGCGAGGCGCUCCAACGCGGGAGGGCGUGUCACAAACCCGACUCAGUUAUUUGGCACGCGAGUUACGCGUUCAGCUCAUAUUGGGCUCAGUUCAAGAAAAGUGGAGGUAGCUGUUACUUCAAUGGGCUGGCUACGCAGACCAUUAAGGAUCCAAGUUAUGGAUCCUGCAAGUUCCCAAGCGUGACUCUUUGAGGAAGGAGAAGUCAAUAGUCUUUUUCCCCCAUUAAUUUCUUUUUAAAUUUUCGAUUUUUUCAAUCUUGAUAUUUUUGUAUUCUUACUUGAGUCAUGGACACAAUUAACAUCUAUUUUGCUUGAAAUCAUCUACUGGUAACUAAAA